GGAAGCUGCAAGGCAAUGUCUGAAUGGUUUGACAAAAAUCCUUUGGAGUGGCAAUCCUAUGUCAACAAACAGGUGAAAAUUUUGGCCCAUGAGAAGAAUGAGUUCCAUGGAUGGGUCUUAACAAUUGAUCCAGUUUCUGCAAGUAUUGUGUUGGUUAAUUUCCAAGAUGACCAGAACACCUUGAUACAGGUGGUAAUGGGCCAUGCUGUUCUACAGGUAGAUGUAUUGAAUGAAGCAGACGAGGCAACGAAAAACAGGCUUACGCAUAUUCUAAGCCCCCAAGAAGCCACAUCCUUGUAUAGCACCGAGGAUCUGGAAACAAAGAAGCUGAACUUAAAGAAUUGGUUGAAGCAAAAUAAUAUCCCUGUGACUGAACAAGGGGAGUCGCAGAGAACACUGUGUGUGGCUGGUGUACUGACUAUUGACCCUCCAUAUGAGCCAGGCAACUGCAAUAGUGCUAAUGAAAUCAUACUGUCUCGGAUCCAGGGACUUAUAGAAGGCUACACAAGCAGACAAUGACUGCAUCCUCACUUGGUUUUCCACCUUGGCAUGAGCUAAGCUACAGGUUUCCUCUACUUUGUGAAACAUUUCUUAAACACAACA